AAAACGUGUAGAUUUGUCACCGGCCCAUAGCCAAAUAUAAUUUCAUUAACGUCACGUUUUUUCUUUAAAAUUUUAAUUUGCACAUCUCUCUCUCUCUCUCUCUCUUGUCCCCUUUGUUUUGUUGUUUUGUUUUGUUUUUGGGUAAUACUUACUUUUUUCUCGAUGAAGCAUCAAAGUCAUCAUGAUCUCUCCCAUGGCAAAAACCAGGCAGUUGUACAGAAAUCUCCAAAACCAGUCCUAAUAGCAUUCUUCACACUAUUUUUUCUCACCAUAUUCAUCCCUCUUUCUUACCCUUCCAUAAACUAUUCUUCCUUUCCUUUUCAAAGCAUCACAAACCCACCUCCUCCCUAUGAUCAUCAUGAUUAUUCUUAUAAUCAUACAGCUAAUUUACCAUCUACCACUACUAUUUCUUCUAAUGCAUCUACCAAUUAUAAUAAGUGUAAUAUUUUUUCUGGAGAAUGGAUUCCAAAUCCAGAGGCUCCUUAUUAUACAAACAAGACCUGUUGGGAAAUUCAUGAACAUCAGAAUUGUAUGAAAUAUGGUAGACCUGAUUCUGAUUUCAUGAGAUGGAGGUGGAAACCAGAUGGUGAUGGGUGUGAGCUUCCGAUUUUCAACCCAACAGAGUUCUUGGAACUGGUCAGAGGGAAGUCUCUGGCCUUUGUUGGAGACUCUGUGGCCAGAAACCAUAUGCAGUCUUUGAUUUGCCUCCUCUCAAGGGUGGAAUAUCCUGUAGAUGUCUCAAUAAGACCAGAUUUUAAUUUCAAACGCUGGAGAUACACGACCUACAACUUCACCAUGGCCACAUUUUGGACACCCUAUUUAAUCAGACGCAAAGAAUCAUACAACGGUGGCCUCUUCAGCCUCUACCUCGACGAAUUCGACGAGGAAUGGACCAACCAAGUCGAAGAAUUCGAUUACAUAAUCCUCUCAGCAGGCCAAUGGUUCCUCCGUCCACUUAUUUUCUAUGAAAAAGGCAACGUUGUUGGGUGCCAUUACUGCCUCCCAGACAGUAACAACAAUGCCACGGAGUUAGGAGUGUCAUAUGGGUAUAGAAAAGCCUUUAGAACAGCUUUUAAGGCCAUUAAUAGCUUGAAAAAUUACAAGGGCAUAACAUAUCUCAGGACUUUUGUACCAUCACAUUUUGAAAAUGGGUUGUGGAAUAAAGGAGGGAAUUGUGUGAGAACAAGGCCUUUUAGGAGGAAUGAGACUCAAUUGGAGGGUGAGACUUUGGAGCUCUAUAAGGCCCAAUUGGAGGAAUUUAGGAAUGCUGAGAGAGAAGGGAGAGAGAGGGGUUUGAAAUUCAGGCUGCUUGAUACUACACAGGUUAUGUUAUUGAGGCCAGAUGGUCAUCCUAGUAGGUAUGGUCAUUGGCCACAAGAAAAUGUGACUUUGCAUAAUGACUGUGUUCACUGGUGCUUGCCUGGACCCAUUGACACUUGGAAUGAUUUCUUGCUGGAGAUGAUGAAGAUUGAUCUGCAUUAAUUUAUAAUACCAUUAAUUGAUGUAUAGCAAAUUGCUUGAGAUAGUUUUUCUUUACUGCAUUCUUUAAUUGUGAUUACCUGAAAGAAAUAAUUAAUGAUAAUUACGUACUUGUAA